CAUGAUGUUUCUUUAGGCCUACCCUCUGCCCCUGCGCUGAAAAAGUAAAACUGGCACCAAUUUGCCAGGGCACCAGACCUCGUCUUUUCUGUCUUUUUAAAUAUCCCACAGAUUUUAGGAUCAAGGUUUCGAGUCUUCUUGGACUUGAAUCCAGACUUGACCUGGGCCUAUCAAGGCAUCCAUAGGCCUCCAAACUGCAGUGGGGAAAGAGAGCGCAAAGAGAGGCCUAUCCUAUACUCACCACUGCUGAAUUUGCUUGCUUUCAUUGGCUUCAUCUUUUUCAGUUGAAGAACUAACCACAGAUUGUUGAAGAUUCCAAUUCAGAUAAAAGCUGUUUACAAGCAAACAAAAAAGCCAAUAUUUUACUGUCACAAGAAUUAGAUUUUUUCUUUGGAUAGAUCUAAUCUUGAUUCUAGAUCUAGAACCCCAGAGUUUGAAAUCUGUACAAUCUUCCUUAUCCACUAGAUCUAGAUCUAUCUUACUAUGGCUCUAGUUAGAAAUGGGAAGUUUUUCAACGCUAUAAAAAAUAACCUUAGAAAAUGCUGUUUUCCUUUUUCCCGAGUAUUGUCUCCCCUUUCAGCUAAGCAUGGGUGUGAGCCAUAUUUUUCUACGAAACCAAACCAGACAGAGGGGUGUUACUCAACAAAGUCAAAGUCUUCAUUUAAAAGACGUCUUCUUGGGAUCCAAAUUUUGUCCGGGGUCGGUUUGCUAGCGUGGAUUCAUCAACAAGUCAAAGAUGAUAAUGGUGAUGAAAAAUCUAAGUGGGCACAACCAGUACGUGUACUUGUAGCCAGGUGCUCAUCAAAUACUGACUUCAACCAGAAAGUAGGCAGCAGGGCUGUUGUAGAUUCUGACAGUCUAAAGAAAACUCGGCUUGGAUUUGUGAAUGACAACAAUGAUAAUGGCCAAAAGAAAGUGGGACCACACAAAAAUGAAAUGGGCAAAAUUUCCUUGGCUGCAGCCAUUGCAAAGUCACAAGAGCUUUGUUUGCGUAGAAAAGAUGAGGUGGGCAGUCCUGGCAUUGCAGUGUGUGUCAGCGUUGAUGGGCAACAAGUGUACGCAGAAGGAUUUGGCUUUGCCGAUUUGGAAAACCAUACCCCGAUGAGGCCAAACUCGGUGAUGCGCAUCGCCAGCAUCAGUAAAGCUGUGACAGCUACUAUAGUGGGAAAGCUUGUGGAGAAAGGGCAGCUGGAUCUGGACAAGCCUGUACAGCAUUAUGUCCCAGAAUUCCCGGAGAAAGAGUUCAUGGGAGAAAAGGUGACUAUCACAGUUCGACAGUUACUUAACCACACAUCCGGUGUCCGACAUUACAAGCCGGAUGAUGACCCUGUUGAUGCGUUUGACCGGCCCCUGGCUGACCUUUUGGGGAAAGUGAAAGAAGUGGCUGAUUUACCAUUUUAUAAAGUGGGACCAUCAACAUCUUCUAAGCAGCAAUCACCCGAGGAGAAAAGUCAAAGUGGUACAUCAGAGGACGCAUCAAGGACUCCACCUAUAAAGAAAAAAAAAAAAGAAGUGACGGAGAUGGAGAGGAAAGAAUACUUCUGUACCAAAAGAUACCCAACGACCCGCGAGGCACUUUCCAUGUUCCAGAAUGACCCCCUGUCUGCCAAGCCGGGCUCCCGAUUUCUGUACACCACAUUUGGCUACACAGUGCUGUCUGCUGUAGUUGAGUCUGUGAUGGACACCCCUUUCCCUACCGCCAUGAUCCGAACCCUGCAACGUCUGGGUUUGAAGGAGACUUACCUAGACGAGAACGAUCCUAUCAUUUACAACAGAGCAAAGUAUUACAUGAAGAACUCUAAGGGACAAGUGAUCAACACCCCGUACGUUGACCUGUCGUACAAGUGGGCGGGCGGCGGCCUGCUCUCCACCACGGAGGAUGUGGUCAAGUUUGGAAAUGUCCUGCUGUAUUCUGCGCAGCACCGCGACACGGAUCUUGGACCUCGAGGUUUCCUGAAGUCAUCAACAGUUGAGAAGUUCUGGCAGCCAGCUGGAAAAAAGGGACGCAUGGCUCGCUACGCCUUGGGCUUUGAGCUGUCCCCAGCGAGGGAACAUUUUGGAGCAUGUGAGCGACAUGGUUUUGGCGUGGGUCACACCGGAGCUGCUGUCGGAGCUAGCAGUGCCCUGUUUAUCCUCCCAAGGUCUCUUCCCUAUCAGAGCAUGAGAAGCAGAUACGUGGACGAGGAAUCCGCUGGAUCAAGUUCUUCAGCCGUUAUUGAGGCAGCAGGUCGGAACAAAAGGCGCAGUAUAUCAGAGUCUAAUGAAAGCUCACAUCCUAUGAACGUUUCAGGACUGGCUUCAAACCAAGCUCCUCAGGGUGUGGUGGUAGCUGUGUUUAUCAAUAUGGUUGGCGUGCAGGCGAGAGACGUUGCUGAGAAUAUUGCCAGAGCUUUUGAAGACGUUGAUUUUAGCUUGUGAUCUUGACACAGUGGACAGUCAAGAAAUUCUUUCAACCAGCAGGAAAAAUGGGAAGUUUGGCUUUAUUUUGAUACUGUUAUCUUUGAAAGAGGUGUCUCUAGAGUGGGAAGAUAUGGGAAUGUGCAACUUAUCCCGGUUUCAUAAUAGUCAUUUGAGAGGGUGAGAAUAAUAGAUAAGACUUAAACCGGUGAUGCACAAGUACCCUUACUAGGAAAUCGACUUGACUAUAAUAUGUUUUAUUGAUCUCACAAUGAGAAAUUCUGGUCAUGUGCAACAGUGGUGAAUGUUUCAGAUUCACAUUCCUGCAUACAAGUAAAAGCAAAUACACACACACUCACACACACACUCACACACACACACACACACACACACACACACACACACACACACUCA